GCUUGAUAUCGCUCUCACUCUCUCAGGUGGAAGCACUCUUCAAUUCAUUCCCUAUUGCAAGAAAAGAAUGUUGUCAUUGUUCUCAUCCUCACAAAUCAAAUUAAGAUAUGCUUUUCAAUUCCCAAAUUCUGUUCCCCACUCCGCUCUCCCUCUUUGCUUCCCUUCAACUUCAUCCCUACACUCUCCCUCUCGGUCCCAAUCACUUGAUGAAGCUGUUGAUUCCUUCACUCGCAUGCUCUCUAUGCGUCACCCUCCGUCCAUCAUCCAAUUCACCAAGAUUUUGGGAUCUCUUGCCAAGACCAACCAUUUCCUCACCGCCAUUUCCCUUUUUCAGCAAUUGCAAGCCAGGGGAAUCGCUCCCAACUUGUUUACUUUGAACAUGUUAAUCAAUUGUUGUUGCGGCAUGAGUCGUAUGACGCUUGCUUUCUCUGCUUUCGCCAAGAUUUUCAGGAUGGGUUUUCAGCCUGAUGCCGUAACCUUGACAACAAUCCUGAAAGGCCUCUGUCUCUCUGGUAAUGUUGAAAAAGCACUGCACUUUCAUGCCACAGUGCUGGCUUAUGGAUAUCACUUCGACCAAGUCACUUAUGGAACCUUGAUCAAUGGGCUCUGUAAGGCCGGACACACAUCAACUGCUAUUCAUGUGUUGAGAAAGAUCGCACGGCAUGGAAUUGUUCCUAAUGUCGUAAUGUACAGCGCAAUUAUUGAUAGCCUCUGCAAGGUUGCGCUUGUAAGUGAAGCUUUUCAUUUAUAUUCUGAAAUGCUUGCUAAGGGAAUUUGUCCCAAUGUUAUCACGUACAACACUCUAAUUUAUGGAUUGUGCCUUGCGGGUCAACUCAAGGAAGCCGUUCUUUUGCUAAAUGAUAUGAUUCUCAUAAACAUUACUCCAGAUGUUUAUACUUAUAAUACUUUGAUCGAUGGACUAUGCAAGGAAGGAAAGAUCAAAGAUGCUAAGAAUGUGUUGGGCUUGAUGACAAAACAUGGUGUGAAACCAAAUGUGGUCACUUAUAACAGCUUAAUGGAUGGGCAUUGUCUGGUUAAUGAGGUAAAUAAGGCAAAAUUUGUAUUCAACACUAUGGCCCAAAGCAGAGUGUCACUUAAUGUUCGAAGUUACAGUAUCAUGAUUAAUGGCUUGUGCAAAAGUAAAAUGGUCGAUGAAGCCUUGAAUCUCUUUGAAGAAAUGCAUCGUAAGUACUUGGUUCCAAACACGGUAACUUACAACACUCUUAUUGAUGGCUUGAGCAAAUCAAAGAGAAUCUCUUGUGCUUUGGAGCUUCUUGUCGAGAUGCAUGAAAGAGGUCAACCCAUUAAUGUAGUCACUUAUAAUUCCUUGUUGGAUGGGAUGUUCAAUAUCAAACGAGUUGACAAAGCAUUUAUGUUAUUCGAGCAAAUGAAAGAGAGUGGCAUUGAUCCAGAUAUAUAUACAUACAGCAUACUUAUAGAUGGCCUGUGCAAAAGUGGAAGACUUCAAAAUGCAAAAGAGAUAUUUCAAGAUCUUUCCAUUAAAGGCUAUUGUCCAAAUGUGCGGACAUACACCAUUAUGAUCAAUGGGCUUUGCAAAGAGGGUCUGCUUCACGAAGCAGUGGCACUCAUGACAAAAAUGGAAGACAAUGGUUGCUUACCAGAUGCUGUGACUUAUGAAACAAUCAUUCGUGCUCUAUUUGAAAACGGUGAAAAUGAUAAAGCAGAGAAACUUCUUCGUGAAAUGAUAUCUAGAGGCCUGUUGCAAGGAUAAAAGUAGAUGAGAUUCUUCUUGUUAGACAUCACAAAUGUUGUUUGUAUCUCUUUCUUUUUAACUUGUGUUUUGUUACCUUCUUCAGGAUCAUAUAUCCAUUACAUAUUAAUGCUUUUGGAUCUUGACAUGAUUGUUACUCUUUAUUCUGCUUUAUCCACCCUAAGCGUUUUCUUUGUCAUUACUUAUUUUAUGGCAUUUUCAGUGACUAGAUGGUUGUCAUACGUUUCUUGUGAGCAUGUAUCAUUAUUUCCUUUUUUCUUCUUUGUAAUUUUAUAAAUGCAUUGAUGUUAAUUUAGCACUAAGCUGAAAUGGUUCUGAUUUCAUCAUUGAAAGGGAAUCACGUGUUAGUUGUGAAGCUUCCCUUCACUCUUAUUGUCUUUCAAUCUUUUCAUUUCCCCCACAUUUAAAGUAAACUCCCAUGCAGCACAAACUGGCUGAUGUAGCUUUAGAUGAAAUCUCAAAAUGUUAUUUUGCAAACAUCUUCUCAUUUUUCUGUGUUCAUGCAGUUAUACCUGAGGGCUGAGGCAUAAUGUACCAAAGCAAUUAACAUGACAAAGAAGGAAAGAAGAGGCAGAACAAUUUCUCUCCCCAAGCCCCAGCUAGGAAGGGUUGCACAUCAGCCAGGGGGAUAAUCAUGGACCACCCGCAUAGCAGUUUCGUCGACAAAGGGCAGCCAUCCUGCCAAGUAGAAGGAGAUGGUCAAUAGCAGUCAAAGGGACCUGUUUGAAAGCAUGUAUAUAAAGGAACUGCGAUUCAAACUUCAAAGUCAAAGGAUUUUGAUCAAACACCAGCCUCUUGUGCAAUCUCCAAGCACCCCAAAAAGUAGCAAGAAACAUUUGCACAGGUUAAUGCUCACAAAAGUUGGAAGACUUCAUCAUCAAUUGCAUGUUCCCAUAUAAUCAUGUUAAGAAAAAUGAUAAACCUAUAAACUUUACAAUAAAAUGAGAAAUUUUGGUGGUAUACUCGAGCUUUUAAGUUCGAAUCUCAUUACAGUUAAAAUAUUGUGUUAAAAAACAAUUAUGUGA